AUCACCCACAGGGGAGGGAGACUGUCAGUGUCACGUGACCGAGAGCAGAGGCCGGGGGUAAAGAGAGAGAGAGAGUACGGGACCCGGGUUCCAGGUGCGGGUUCCAUAGCAGUAGUAGGAGGGCCCGAUACGUCCCUAUGGAAGGGAGGAAGCCCGCUGUGCGGAGGUGAAGCGCGAACAGUCAGCCCUAACUUUCCUAGAAAGACACACAGCGAGGACAAGAAGUGAGACAGCUCGAGUCCUGUGAGAGUGCCCGGGAUCAGGGGCGGGGAGUCAUGCUCAUAGACUGCUGCUGCUGACCAUCUCUCACUGCACCUACCGGAAAGAAUACACAAAUGUCUAGAGGAGACUCCUCUUCGGCAUCCCGAUCCAAAAACGGAGGGGCAAAUAUCCGUGCUGGGCAGUAUGAUCAGGUACCGGUAGAGACCUAUUCAUCACAUGACAACCUCCAGACCUUAAAGGACUGUGAUUUGGCCCUGAGUGCCGAUCCUUUGCCACCACCACCUCUGCCAUUGCAUCCUCCAUUUGGACCGGAGUUCUUUCCAAGCGAUAGUGAGGAGCCAGUCACCCCACAUGAAUUUCGACCUGUACGCCGAUUUAUUCCAGAUUCCUGGAAAAAUGUGUUUAAGAGAAAAAAAGAGACUGCAUGGGAGGAGCCCAUAUCAGAUUUAAACUACAUUUCCGGGGGUGAACAGUGUUCUCCCCCACGGUCACCGUCCCUCCCUGCAUCUGAACUACAUGGAAAAAGCUCGAUAGUAAACGCAAUGCUGGCAGGAAAUUCGUACAAGGACCCUUAUGGAGGUUCCGGUGGUAGUGACAACACACGGAAAGAAGCGGGUGACAUGAUUCUUCAUGACCCAUACGGCUCUCUGGGCCGUCAGACACAGACUGUGAAAACAUACAGUGAGAAGGUGGAAGAGUACAACAUGCGAUACUCUUACAUGAAGUCGUGGGCAGGAUUACUAAGGAUACUCGGUGUUUUGGAGCUCUUGCUCGGAGCUGGUGUUUUUGCCUGUGUCACUGCUUAUAUCCACAAAGACAAUGAAUGGUACAAUAUGUUUGGCUACUCCCAGCCAUAUUCCUACACUGCUAGUUUACAAGGGGGAUAUUACUACAGUGGACCCAAGACUCCAUUUGUACUUGUGGUGGCAGGUUUGGCAUGGCUGGUGACUAUAAUACUCCUGGUGCUUGGCAUGUCCAUGUACUACAGGACAAUUCUCCUGGAUUCCAACUGGUGGCCUUUAACGGAAUUUGGAAUUAACAUUUGUUUGUUCAUACUUUAUAUGGCAGGAGCUAUUGUGUAUGUGAAUGACACUAACCGAGGAGGGCUAUGCUACUAUUCAUUAUUUAAUAACCCACUGUACUCCACAUUCUGCAGAGUGGAAGGAGGGCAGACGGCGGCCAUGAUAUUCCUAUUUGUCCUGAUGCUCGUCUAUUUAAUUAGCGCCAUUGUUGCUUUGAAACUCUGGCGCCAUGAGGAAGCUCGGAAGAGACGGGAGUUUAUUGGGCAUGAGAUGAAAUCCCAUGAUUCACAUGAUUAUCCCUCAAAAGUGUUGCGGGAUGUGUCUGCUGGUAAUGACCAUUUAGUUUAUGAUGCGCCAGUCCAGCAAAGGGUUAACAAAGUGGUUGAGAUGAGACCUGAGCUGAUUAGUGGCUAUAUUCCAGCAGGACAUAUACCAAAACCCAUUGUGAUGCCAGACUAUGUAGCGAAAUACCAGGCAAUAAAAUCGGAUGAUGAGCGAGAUCGAUAUAAAGCGGUGUUUAAUGACCAGUAUUCUGAAUACAAAGAGCUGUCGGCUGAGGUGCAGGCAGUCUUAAAAAAGUUCAGUGAGCUGGAUACAAUGAUGAGCAAAUUACCAAGAAACCCAGACAACGAGCAAGAAUAUGACCGGAUUUCAAGGGUUCUGCAGGAAUAUAAGAAGAAAAAGAAUGAUCCUACAUUUUUGGAGAAGAAGGAGCGGUGCGAGUACCUGAAGAACAAGCUCUCUCACAUCAAGCAAAGAAUUCAGGAAUAUGACAAAGUCAUGAACUGGAACAGUGGAUUUUAUUAGAUCUCUGGAAGUCUUUCAUUAGUAUGCAUUGUCUGUAAUUAGCAUAAUGUGACCUAAACAGUCCUUUUUGUCUUUUAAAUAUUGUCACUUUUUUUUUAUACGGUUUGUUUUUCAGUGUACAUAUUUGACUGUCCUAUAAUGAAUAUUGCCUAUUAGUUUAAUGAAGACUGUAGAUACAUAUGAGUGAGACUGUGAUUAUAUUUACAGGAGAGUAGAUGCAUCACAACAGUUGUUGUUGUUUUUUUUUCUUAUUAACAAAAAAAAAGGCUGUUUUUUUAUUCUUAUAAAAAGGGAAACUCUAGUUAUAACUUAACAUUUCACAUAUUGUAACCAGCAACUAAAAAGACUCAACACUAUAAUGGUAAUACAGUUUAGGACUAUAACAUCUUAAAUAUUAACUGUUACCUACAAAUUUAAUUUGUAUAACAAUUCAUGCUGCUUUUACCAAAGUAAUGUAAUAUUGUACAGUAUAUUUAAGGUUUAACAAUUUGCCUACAAAACUGUCCUACAGUUUGUGUAUGUGUUUGUUUGUUUUUUUGUUUUUUUUAAUUUGAUUGUACUUUGUUUUAAGGCUUUUAUUAACUAAGAAUUUAGUUUGUCCUUAUCUCACAUCACCCAAAGAAAGCCUAAUUUCCGAGAAGGAGUCAGUUGGGAGUAAUUGCCUUGGUUAGCUUUACAUUGAUAUACUGUGUCUGCAGGUUCAAGCAAGGACAUGGUCGUUCACUCUACCUAUACAUAAAGGUUAAUAUUGAUAUUGUCUUCCACUCGAAACUGUAAUGUGUAGAAAGUAACAUCCAUUAUGUACUAAAGCACACAGUGCAUGAAUGUUAUUUGAAUAAACAUUAACUACAUGCAGGAAGAUAUGAAA